CAUGUGGCGUGCAAUCCUGACUGCUAUAAAUAAUCCUGACUAUACUUCUGUCAUUUUCAUUUCCAAAAAUGCUCUCAGAGCCAAACUUCACAGCUCCAAUUCCUGAUGGUGGUGGUGGUAUAGGUGGCUGUCCACCAGUUGGUAUUCAACUGGAGGGCGUGAUCCUACCGCCAGUCCUCACCAUUGAUGUCGUACUGGGGUUGCUGGGAAACAUAGUCGCCCUGUGGAUCUUCUGCUUUAAACUGAAGGCUUGGAACCCCAACAACUUGUUCCUCUUCAACCUGGUUAUCGCUGAUUUCCUGGCUCUAGUGAGUCUCCCGCUGAGGAUCGACACCCUUCUUAGGGGCUACUGGGUGUUUGGAGAUGGCUUGUGCAGGAUGAACCUCUUUCUGAUGUUUUCCAAUCGCUCAGCCAGCAUCGCACUCAUGACUGUGGUGGCCAUUUACCGCUACUUUAAGGUGGUCCAUCCUCACCACUGCUUUAACCGCAUGAUCAAGCAUCAGGCUGCAUUUGUUUUGCUGUUUGUCUGGCUCUUGGUGAUCAGCGUUUGGGGUCCGAUACUGGCUUACGACCACAUCAAGAACAUCCGCAACAACACCCAGUGCUUCUUCUUCGCUUCAUACAAGGAGGAUGGUUUCAUGAUCCUAGUGGGCACAUAUCGUAUCCUGACGGUCCUGGAGUUCAUCCUCCCACUGGCCAUGCUGCUCUUCUGUUCCAUCCAGAUCUCCAGAUUCCUGAAGAAGCGACAGAUGGGGAAAAUGGACAAGGUGCACAAGGCGAUGAGAGUGUGUGUUGUCAUCAUCGUGGUGUUCAUGGUUUGCUUCCUGCCCACCACGGUGACGACCAUCGGGGUGUGGGUCAUCCGCUCGUAUCGCCCAUGGGACUGUAACGCCUUCUACACCUUCACCCAGCUCACCAUUGUGUCUUUUGGGUUGAACUUCCUGAACUCCGCCCUGGACCCCAUCGUUUAUGUGUUCUCCAGCACCAUGUUUAGGAGGGCGCUGAUGGGUGCUCUGCCCCGUGCCCUGCGCUGUGGACAGGAGUCAGACACCGAGGAGAGCGAGGGGUCCUCCUCAGCAAGAACUCCAUCCACCACCCAGCAAGAGCUGAAGGCCAUGAGAGCUGACAGUGGGAGUGAGGCCAGCCCGCCCUCCCGCUUCUGGUCAAUAGACCUCUACAGUUCGCCUACAAAAUAGGUACCAUCUUUGCCCUUAUGAGGAGAUCCGGUAUCUUGAUAUUUUUACUAUGGGCACACUGAGGAAGGCGCUAAGCUGAAACGCGUCUGUGCAAUAAAAACACGUUUAUGCAAAGUGCAACCUUUUCCCUUUUUGUUAAUUUUUACUAUGGGAGAAUAACAUUGGAAUUUGGAAUUAUCACAACAGUUAAAAUUCGUUGACGAAGAAAUCGGAAAUGCAGAUGUUUUCCUGGACACACAUUUGUCCUCUGCCUUGGAGUGGAUAUAUGAUCUCUGGUACGUGAAGGCGGCACACUUUGAUUUUUGCUACUCCAGAGCUAACUUGUGAUGCAACUUGCCACUACAAUAAGUUAGUUAGCAUAUUUUCCCAUAGGAAAAAUCGGCAGAUACUCUAUCUCAAAGAUGGCAGCUUUUUUAAGUGAACUUCAGAUGUCUAUGAGACUAAGAAAAUGCGCCAUAAAUUUCACUAGCUUGGUUAACACCAGCCUGCUUCUCAAAUCUCAAUUGAAGUUGACAGUCGGUCUGGAAAGACUUAAUUGACUUAUGACUUACAGGGACGUAACCAGUAGUGAAAUUAAACUUAAACUGGAGCAUUAAACUCUUACCAAAUAUUUUCAGAAGUGCAGCAGCUAUCAAAUAUUUCUUGUAAACAAAGGUUUUAAAUAAGUUUGUGAGAAACUGAACUUUACCCUUCUCACCAUCUCAUUCACGCAAGCGCAGACAAGAUUCACUGUGUUUCGCUUUGAUCGUAAAAUGUUUUGUAGUUGUGUAAAGUGUUGUUGCAUUUUAUGUGAGCUACAGUACGUGUUAUUCAGAGAUGUACAGCGGGUUUCAUUGUUGGUGUUGGUGUUUCCUGCUGAUUUGGCAUUCGUUUGUGGAGCAAAGCAAUUUUUUGGUUUGCCGCGAUUUUGCUCAUAUUCACUCAUUACAAUGUUAUUAACUGCAUUCUUAUCAAUAACACAACAUUUCCUGCCACUUUGAGCCAUUGCAGAAGUGAGCUCUCUGCAGGGACCAAACAUUUUAACCAAAGAUCCUUUGGAAGUACUGUGUCAAGUAGGCUGAUACUUUGACUGUGUAUUAUUAUGUGCUGUUUUUGUUUUUGAUAGGGAAAUGUAUUUUGUUUAUUAGUGUUUCUAUUUUUGAAAACUCUGUGUUGUUGAGCAAUAAAUAAUUUGAGUUAUCUGAACCAACAUA